AUGUUGGUCACUCAACAUUCUCAUAACGAACGACAUUAUUUACAGAACCAGCAUCACUCUUUUAUUGAAGCUGUCACUGUCUUCCAAGACGCGCAGAGCCGUUCUACUUUAGGGCAUAUUUACAGUCACCAGGAUUUGCAACAGCUCCUAGUCACCAUGGCUACAACACGUGCCACUCAUCAGUCCAUCGAUUCAAGCGGGGAAUACGAAGACGCCGUUAGCUGGGAACACAUUGAGGAUUCGACCAUCACAACGAAUCAACAGGCCAUACUCGAUCCGCUAUCUGGUGCUUUCGCUAGACUCGAUAUCGGAGCGGAUACAGAACGUCCGAAUCAACCUGCUAUCACAAACACGAACUUUACACCCUCUGGAUCUUCGAAUCGCGAUGGGUCAUAUCAUCCAGUGAUGACUCCCCCAACUAUUUUCAUUACACCUCCCGAGGCGGCGAAGGGGUCUAUGCCAAAGACUUAA